AGGACCUGGCUCCGCACUACGCCUCGGGCGCUGUGCUGCUUGCGUUCGGCACGCUGCUGGCCGUGUGCUCGGGCUUGAGCAAGGAGAGCGGUCUGACGCUUCCGGUGUUCCUCGCGGGCGUCGAGCUGUGCACGCGCAGGGCCUCCCCCAGGCUUGGCGUCGGCCUGGCGCUCGCAGCCCUGGCAGUCUUCGCAGCCCUGGGCGCGUGCCGCCUCUUGAUCACGCAGGGUACGGAGACACACUUUGGCUUCGUGGACACCCCGGUGCAGUACCACGGGGACGUCUGGGCGCGAUCCUGGACGACGUACCUUUUCCAGCACGCCUUCUACGCGAGGCUGCUGGUGCUCCCCGGGCGGCUCUCCUGGGACUACUCCUACGACACGCUGCCGGUGCUGAAGGACGGAUGGUUGGCGGGACGUCCGCGCCCUGGCGGUGCUCUGCGCCUACCUGGGGCUCGUGGCGCUGGCGGCCCGGGCGCUGACGGGCGCGGGCGGGAGGCGGACAGUGCUCGGGCUGCUGGCCCCAUCGUGCCCUUCGUGCCCGCGUCCAACCUCUUCUUCGUCGUCGGCGUGACGGUCGGCGAGCGGCUGCUGUACCCGUCGACGGUGGGCGCGGCCGUGGUCUUCGCCUCCGUCGGGCAGGCCCUGGAGCUCGGCGCCCCCGCGGGCCGCGGCGCCGGGCGGGGGCCGGGAGCGGGCGGCCGCUCGUGGCCGUGGGUCUGCGGAGCGGCCCUCGUCUGCUUCUACGCCGUGGGCUGCUCUGUCCGCGUGUGGCAGGUGGUUUGGUGGGUCGUCCGAGGCGCUGUACGAGGCGGACGCGGCCCACUGGCCGCGCUCCGUCAAGACGCAGCACCAGCUCGGCACGAUCUACCACGCGCAGGGGCGCUACGCGGAGGCGCUGGAGCACUAGGGGGCGCCGUGGCGGAUAACGCGUCGCUCGCUGUUCUAGACGACAACGCGCUCACGGACCAUGUCAUUGCUCAGGUGUUCAUUGAGACUGGUAGAUAUGACGACGCGAUCCAACGGUUUCAGAAGAUCCAGGCUGGGCAUUUUGUUGGCUUCGCGCCCUUCAACCUUUAUAUGUUCUACAUUGAUUACGGCUUCGCAUUGGUUGCAGGAAGACACUUCGAGGAAGCGAUACCGCUGUUGGAGCAUGGUCUGAAACGGAACACGGCAGUUCCCCACGGGAUCAACGCUCUCGGUUACGCGUUCGUCCGCGUGGACAAGCUCCAGGAGGCCCAGGACUGGUUUGCCAGGGGCCUGGAGUACGAUUGGGAGACGCAAGCAACUGCACAUAAACGUACACGGUCGGAGGUCCGCUCGGAUUUUUUGGGCCCGGCCGACGUUGGACAGCGGUGCAAACAGCACUUGGCGGCUCAUCUGACGUCAUUCUUGGCGCGCUCCGCGCGCAAGGCGAAGGGCUAAAGGGAGCGGUGUUCAAGAAGUCCGCGCGGGCCUUCGAAAGCUUACUUCCCAGACAGAGCUUGUACGUAGGGGCUCUCACCUGCAUUCGGCGGAAGUAGCCCGCUCUGCGGAAGUAGCCCGCUCUGUCGCAUUCGGCAGGUCCCCGUUGGUACCCUGUUGUUGGCGCCUUGCGUGCUGGUGCCCCA